GGUUUGUGUGAAAAUUUUCAUCGAGGCGUCGGGACUUUGCGAAAAUGAACAAAUUGCUGAAAUGGGGAUUGAAGAAUCGGAAGGAGCCCGGCGUCACCAUCAGAGAGAUGCUCGCAAUGCUGCAAGCUAAUCUCAACAAAAACGACACACGCCCCCUCGUCCAUCUCGGCAUCGGCGACCCCUCCGUCCACCCAUGCUUCCGAACCACUCCCCUCGCCGAAAACGCCAUUGUCCACUCCCUCCGCUCUUCGCACUUCAAUGGCUACGCCCCCAGCGCUGGCAUUUCCGCCGCCCGAAGGGCGGUUGCAGAUUACCUUUGUGAGGAUCUUCCAUACAAGCUGUCGGAGGAGGACGUCUUUCUCACCGCUGGCGGUAAUCACGCGAUUGAGAUUCUGUUAACCGUCCUUGCUCGGCCUGGUGCGAAUAUCUUGUUUCCUAGGCCAGGGUAUCCGUUGUACGAGGCUAGGGCUGAGUUCAGCGGUCUUGAGGUCCGCCAUUUCGACCUCGUACCGGACAGAGGUUGGGAGGUUGAUCUCGACGCCAUUGAAGCUCUGGCCGACGACAAAACCAUUGCAAUGGUUACGAUCAAUCCCGGGAAUCCGUGUGGCAACGUUUUCACAUUUGAGCAUAUGCAGAGAAUUGCAGAGACUGCUCGAAGGAAAGGGAUUAUUUUAAUUGCCGACGAAGUUUACGGCCAUCUUGUGUUUGGAGACAGCAAGUUUGUCCCAAUGGGAACACUAGGAUCCGUUGCUCCGAUUCUGACAUUGGGAACCCUUUCGAAGAGAUGGCUUGUUCCUGGCUGGCGAUUGGGUUGGAUUGCAGCGACCGAUCCGCAGGGAAUCCUUAGUGAAUCUGGGGUUACUGAUUCCAUUCGGGACUUUAUGGGCCUAACGGCAGAUCCUGCAACGAUCAUUCAGGGAGCUGUCCCUGAAAUCCUCAAGAAUUCACCGCAAAGUUUCUUCUUAAAAACCAACAAUUUGCUGAGAGAGGCUGCGGAUGUAUGCUACACAAAAGUCAGCGAAAUUCCUUCCCUUAAAUGCUCGCACAGACCCGAAGGAGCCAUGUCCACAAUGGUUAAGUUAAAUCUCUCAACGCUCGAUGGCGUGGUGGAUGACAUGGACUUUGCUCUCAAGCUUGCGAAGGAGGAAUCCGUUCUCGUCAUGCCAGGGACGGUCGUGGGGCUAAAGAACUGGCUGCGCGUAAGCUUUGCCGUGGAGCUCGACGCCCUCAAGGUUGGAUUCGAGAGAAUAGGAGAAUUCUCUUCACGGCAUGCCAAGAAGUAAUUGCUUCAAAACUCCCUUCUUCUUCUCCUUCUUCUUCAUCUUCUUCUUCCCCUGCUUUCGAUUCUUUCUGGAUAAAACACAGAGGCACGGUUUUGGCUUAACCUUGAUGAUAGCGUCCAAGUGUUUAUUUGUAUUUUGAUUUGGUUUGAAAAUUGAGAUCUAGUGAUGAAAAUUGAAAAUUGAAAAUUGGUAGG